AGUGAAGUGUCUGGUGUAACACAGGCUGGGAAACAUCCCUCAACACCCGGCACACCACCACCCUGUGAACUGAGGAAGAAAAUGUCCAACCGAAGCAUCGUGACCGAGUUCCUGCUCCGGGGGUUCUCUGACGUUCGGGAGCUUCAGAUUUUGCACUUUGUGGUGUUUCUGGUUAUUUAUCUGGUAGCCCUAAUGGGGAAUCUUCUCAUCAUCUCAGCCAUUGCCCUCGACCACCGUCUCCACACCCCCAUGUACUUCUUCCUGGGGAACCUGUCCAUCCUGGACCUCGGCUCCAUCUCCGUCACCGUCCCCAAAUCCAUGACCAAUUCCCUCCUGGAUAUCAGGGUGAUUUCGUACCCUGCCUGUGUCACCCAAAUCUUUCUUUUUGCUGUCUUCAGUUCAAUUGAUCUUGCCCUUCUCACCAUCAUGGCCUACGACCGAUACGUCGCCAUCUGCCAUCCGCUGCACUAUGAGAGAGUGAUGAACGGGAGAGCUUGUGUCCACAUGGCCACAAGUGCCUGGAUCACUGGUAUGGUCUACUCUGCCCUGCACACUGAGAGCACCUUCAGGUUACCCUUCUGCCAAUCCAAUGUCCUCAACCAAUUCUUCUGUGAAAUCCACCAGCUCCUCAAGCUGGCCUGCUCUGACUCCUAUCACAGUGAACUUGGGCUUCUUGCCGUCAGUGCCUUUUUAGUGUUGAAUUGCUUUGCUUUUAUCAUGGUGUCGUAUGUGCAGAUCUUCAGAGCGGUGCUGAGAAUCCCCUCGGAGCAGGGUCGGCACAAAGCCUUCUCCACCUGCCUCCCCCACCUCGCUGUGGUCUCUUUGUUUCUUUCCACUGCCUUAUUUGAGCACCUGAAACCCACCUCCAGCUCAGCAUCAAAUCUAGAUCUCCUGGUGGGUGUUCUCUAUGCCGUGGUGCCUCCCAUGCUGAAUCCGGUCAUCUACAGCCUGAGGAACAAGGAGCUCAAAGCUGCCUUAAAGAAACUGAUUGUGUCCAUUUUAUUCUCCAAAAACUAA